AUGUUUCUCCCUACGCUUCAACGCCAUAGCAACUAUCUCGAAAGGCGCUCCAACAAUAGUAACACAAAGGAUAACUCCUCGGCAAAGAUCCCCAUAAUUGUGAGAUUUUUCAGUUCUGUUAGUUCGUGGAAGUCGUUACCCGUUUGGCUGACAAUUUCCCUUCAGGUUGCCAUCGCCCUCCUCGCUUUUAUAAUCGUCGUGCUCUGUAUCUUCUACUUUCUCCGAGCCCUCCGUUACAGCAACGCGGAGCCCAGAUACAUCCCUACGGAAUACCUCAAGAACAAAUGGCGAAAUUGGUUGCCGAAGACAGCAUAUGGCCAGGUCCCGGAUGCCGUCCCAGCUACUCAACAGGCUCGUGCCGACCGAUCACAGAAUACGUCUUACAGGGGAGCCAGUGACGACGGGGUGGAUCGUAACACCUCUAUUCGAUCAGUUAUGACGUUGCCCACAUACUCUCCAGUCCCGAAACCAACUGAGCAAGUCAUUGGGAGGGAAGGUGAGCGAGCUGGUAUGGAUGUUGUAGUCGAGUUUCCUGAAACAGCAGAAGAGGAAGAGUCGCGGAGGGAGGAGCAGAUGGAAUCAUUGUACCAAAUUCGGCUGGCGCGAAGACAAGAAAUCGCGGAGCGGGAGCGACGAAGGCAAGAACGGCGAGAUGCUCGAGAACGCGGCGAUUGGGAGCGAUUAGAGGAGCUACGGCGUGAGAGUCGAGCGCGACACCGAAAUGCCAGCCAGAGUAGUGCCGCUCCAAGCGCAGCGGCACUGAUUGCUGAACACCAGUCCCGUGGAAGGGAGAAGCGAGUUACGAGCGUUGCAUAUGCGGAAGUGGGCCACGUUCGACAUGAUGGCACCCGAUUACGUGCAAGCUCCCAAGAAUCGGAUUCUCGACCGCUCCUUGAUGGCAAUUCCUCCUUAUCCAGCUUAUCCGGAUCGCGUCCGCGCGCAACAUCGGGCUCGUCUUUUUUUUCGAAUGCGACUAGCCAAUCGGACAACGAUACCCCUAGAGGAUCCAUCACUCUGGCUGAGGCUGAUAUUGGGGACUCGAAUAUCCAUCAACCGCCACACUACGAUCAGUUGGACUGGGGUGAUGCUCCAGCAUAUCGGAGCCCAACUUUUGAAAGAGGGUUAGAACCCCGAUUUCCUCCCGUUAGAGCACUUCCGAGCAUCGAAAUAGAAAUCCCAACCCCAGGACAUAGUGCCCCGGUCACGCCAGUGUCUCCCCUGCCAUCCCGUUCACAUGGCUAG